CGGCGUGAGACACUCUCUCUCUCUCUCUCGGCUCCUGGGAAGAUGAUCCAUAGCCGGUUAUUAAGGGUCUCGGCCUGUGUCUCCAGGCGCUACACGGCUCUCAGGCACUACCACAAUGACACGGUCAACGUCGUGGGAUCCACACCUGACAGGACAUCUGAGGAAUUCCAGGAAAAUGAAUUGCGUAUGAAAUCUUUGGUGGGUGAACUGCAUGGACGUAUUGAAACUAUCACUCUUGGGGGCGGAGAAAAGGCUAUUGAGCGCCAUAAGAGCAAAGGCAAACUUUUAGUUCGAGAGCGUGUCAGUCAGCUGAUUGAUCCAGGCACUCCAUUCAUGGAAUUUUCACAGCUGGCAGGCUACCAGCUGUAUGGCAACAAUGAUAUACCAGCAGGUGGCAUCAUCACUGGGAUUGGCAAGGUUUCAGGGGUGGAGUGCAUGAUUGUUGGAAAUGACGCAACAGUUAAAGGCGGGACUUAUUACCCCAUUACUGUGAAGAAGCACCUUAGGGCACAAGAGAUUGCCCAGGAGAACAACCUGCCGUGCAUCUACCUGGUGGACUCUGGUGGUGCCAACCUCCCGAGCCAGGCUGAUGUCUUCCCAGAUCGGGAUCAUUUCGGCAGAAUUUUUUUCAAUCAAGCAAACAUGUCAUCUCGGGGUAUAGCUCAGAUUGCAGUUGUCCUUGGUUCUUGCACAGCUGGUGGAGCCUAUGUUCCCGCCAUGGCCGAUGAAUCCAUUAUUGUGCGACAACAGGGAACCAUUUUCCUAGCAGGACCACCACUUGUCAAGGCUGCCACCGGUGAGGAAAUAUCAUCAGAAGAUUUAGGCGGAGCCGACUUGCAUUGUCGGAAAUCGGGUGUGACUGAUCAUUAUGCCCUAGAUGACACACAUGCCCUUCACCUAGCAAGAAGAAUUGUCCGCACUCUCAACCGCACAAAAGUCCCUCAAAUUUCCGUAAGGGAGGUAAAGGAGCCCGUGUUUGAUACACAUGACCUGUAUGGAAUUGUUGGAGACAACCUCAAGAAGACGUACGAUGUAAAGGAAGUAAUCGCUCGAAUUGUUGAUGGAUCCGAGUUUGACGAGUUUAAGGCUAUGUAUGGGGAGACAUUGGUGUGUGGAUUUGGCCACCUAUAUGGCUAUCCCGUGGGCAUCAUUGGCAAUAAUGGUGUGCUCUUCUCAGAGUCUGCACUUAAAGGAACGCACUUCAUUGAACUUUGUUGCCAGCGGAAGAUACCUUUGAUUUUCUUACAAAAUAUUACUGGUUUUAUGGUGGGUCGUGAGGCAGAGGCAAGUGGGAUUGCUAAGAAUGGAGCCAAGAUGGUGACAGCUGUGUCGUGUGCACAAGUGCCAAAGUUUACCGUGAUCAUUGGGGGCUCUUAUGGUGCAGGCAACUAUGGCAUGUGUGGAAGAGCUUAUGGACCCCGAUUUUUAUACAUGUGGCCAAAUAGUCGCAUCAGCGUAAUGGGUGGUGAACAGGCAGCUGGAGUACUGGCACAGAUCACACGGGCACAGCGACAUAGAGAGGGUAAAGAGUGGACGGAUGCAGAGGAGCGUGCACUUAAGGAUCCUAUUAUCAAACGUUUCGAGGCCGAAGGCUCCCCAUACUUCUCUAGUGCACGACUAUGGGACGAUGGAGUGAUUGACCCUGUGGAUACAAGACACGUCCUUGGUCUCUCUCUCUCUGCUUCUUUAAAUGCUGCUAUUCCCAAGACAACAUUUGGUAUCUUUAGAAUGUAACGGAUAGGUUGAAUAAUUUAUUUCUGGUAGCUUAGUACUGAAACAAACCGUUCAGUUGGGAAUUUCUAAUAUUGCGCACAAUGCAUUGUAAAUAUGUAAUUUGUAAGUAGAAAAAUUAUAGUGUAGUUCUUGCAAUUUAUUGUUACCUAUAUUUUUUUUAUUUAAUGCUGGGGUUAUUAUCUGUACAACUUGUGUUUCAGGGAUAGUGUAGCUUAAAAUAUAUUUUAAAAUGUAUUUGAAUCCUAGUAAUACAAGUAACCAUCAGAGAUAAUUACAAUUUGACAUUUUUGUGUAUCUGUAAAUAUUGUUGUACAAAAUAAAAAUAUUUUUUAAAUUAACAUAGGGGUAUAUGCUUAUCAAUAUUAUUUGUUAAGAAUGCUUUACAUUUCUUCAAUUUAUGUUGAAUUUGACUUCAUAUUCAAUAUGCCAUCUAGUAGUACCUAAGGGAAGAGCAUCUAAAAAAAGUUUCUUUUCAUGAAUUCUAAACUUUUACACAUCCACGAUAGUAUACUACAUUGUUGUUAACUCUAAUUUUCUUUUUACACCAAUUCAUUUCAUGUCUACAAUUAUUUGGAAUUUUCUCCUUAAAUGUCUGUGAAUCUGCACUUGACAAUAAUUGGAGUUAAGCAAUCAUGGAUCGAAAUAAUAAUCAUCUCCAUUACUAAUCUUGCAAAACUGAACCAGUGUCAAUCUGUUAAAUUUUCAUUUAUUCCCUGUAGGUAAUUCAUAUAUUAUAAAUACGAAACUUAGCAAGAGAAACUUUACACUUGGGAGUCAUCAGUGCUAACUUGUAAAGAUCAAAUGUAUUUUUUGUGUAUUUAUAUUGUUUUUGUUUAUAGCACUUUUGACUUGAAUAUUGCAGCUAAUCAUACUGCAACAUCUGCAGUUUGUGACAUUAGUUAACAAUAGGUUAAAAAAUUUAUAGUGAAUUCGUAAUAAAAAUAUUUCUUAACGAAAGAAAAGUGAAUAUGAAAUGUGUCCAUUGAUACUUCCUGGAAUAAACUGCCACUUUCA